ACCUCUGCUCCAGCCAUGGCCAUGACCAUCCUCAGCUGGGUGGGCCAGGAGAGAAGGCGGGAGGCAGCCAGCAGCUCCCGGAGUGCCAGCUUCCUUGGCCCCGAAAUCAUGGCCCUAGGUCUCCUGUGGCUAGGCUUCACCCUGCUCGGGGCCCUGCAGACCCAGGCCCGGGACCCUGCCCCAAAGCUGAUCCCGGCCCCACCUCUGGACAGGGUCCCACUGCAGCCCGACUUCAAGGAUGACCAGUUCCAGGGGAAGUGGUAUGUCGUGGGUGUGGCCGGGAAUGCAUUCAAGAAAGAAGAACAAGGCCAGUUUACGAUGUACACCACCACCUACGAGCUGAAGGAAGACCACAGCUACAACGUCACCUCCAUCCUGCUCAGGGACCAGAUCUGUGACCACUGGAUCAGAACUUUCAUCCCAAGUUCCCAGCCCGGCCAGUUCAACUUGGGUGACAUUAAACGUUACUUUGGAGUGCAGAGCUAUAUCGUGCGCGUGGCGGACACCGACUACAACCAGUUUGCCAUCGUGUUCUUCAGGAAGGUUUACAAAAACCAGGAGUACUUCAAGACCACUCUCUAUAGGAGGACCAAGGAGCUGACCCCUGAACUGAGGGAGAAAUUCAUCAGCUUCGCGAAAUCCCUGGGCCUCACCGAUGAUCAUAUCAUCUUCCCGGUCCCUAUUGAUCAAUGCAUCGAUGAAGAGUGAGCGCGCAGUGCCUUCUGUCUCUCUGCCCCCGUCACCCUCAUGUCAGCCCCUGUCCAGGGCACUGCCUCAGCUGCCCCAACCAGCCCGGACACCAGUGAGAGAGCCAAGGGACCCUUCCCGAAGCGCAGCCCACCAGCUGCUCCCCAGGCCACCCUACUGAUGGAGUCCCUCCUUUCCUGCUAAAUAAACACAAGCCCCCAGCC